AUGAAGCAUGUGAAGAAGGCUAGAGCAAUGCGUGCUUUAGAUGACUAUGUGUAUAACAUGAAGAAAAUAAUGAAUGAUAAUAGCAGCGUAACUUCCAAGCUCACUGCCGUUGACAAAGUGAAGAUCAGUUCUUCAAUUGUAAAGGGAGAAGAAUUGAUUGAUGACGAUGACCAAGAAACAUUUGUGUUUGUGGACGUUCUGAGGGAGCUUGAGAGAAUCUUUGAAUCCGCUAUGAAAAAGAUCAACAAAUGUUACUCUAAUGAUGAAAGUGAUUCUGAUUCUUAA